UCCUCGCCCUGGUCCUGCUCCUCCUGCUCCUCCUCCUCCUUCUCCUCCUCCUCCUCCUCUCCAGUAAGCGAGGGAGUGGAGGCUGGAGGCUGGAGGCUGAGUGUGGAGGCCAGAGGCUGGCCACUUGGAGGACAAGAGGAGAAGGUGAAGACAAUGAGCACAGGCGAUGUGGUUUGCACCGGCUGGCUCAUCAAGUCGCCCCCUGAAAGGAAGCUCAAGAGAUAUGCCUGGCGGAAACGCUGGUUUGUGUUGCGGCACGGUCGGAUGAGUGGGAAUCCUGAUGUUCUGGAGUACUAUCGGAGUGACCAUUCAAAGAAGCCUAUUCGAGUGAUUGACCUGAGUGAGGGUGAGGUGCGCAAGUAUGCGGGGCCAGACUUCAUUCGGAGGGAAUUUCAGAAUGACUGUGUGUUUGUUGUCAAGACCGUCUACCGCACUUUCUACCUGGUGGCCAAGACAGAAGAGGAAAUGCAUAUCUGGGUGCACAAUAUCAGCCAGAUCUGUAACUUUGGACAUGGGACCAACAGUGCAGAUUCUGCAGAGAGCCUUUCCCAUAUCACCUCAUCUCCUCAGCCUUCCCCAGCCAGCUCCUUCCGUGUGUCUCAUGUAGCCAAUUCUUCUUUUAAUGCUGAUGACUCUACCACAGCUGCCUUCCCUGCUAAGGAAGCCAGAACUGACCUUGAAGCUCUCUCCUUGCCUGACUAUCUGGUUCUGGCCCACUGUGAGACAAGAAAACUCAAUCCCAGCAGCAGAUGUGAUGCCUGGUCAAAUUCAGACCGAUCCCUGGAACAAACUUCAUCUGAUGAGGUCUUUGUUGACUCCCUUCAGCCCCAGGCAUCCAAUCACAUGUUGCCCUCUUUGUGCAGUGGGAAUGGACUUCAGGAUAUGGUGUCCCCUGGGGGCCAUGCUGCUCUGGCUGGCUGUAUCAAUUUCAGUGGACCAUCCAGUGACUGCUCAUCACCUUUGCCUUUGCUGGGGAGCCCCUUAGCCCCCACCUUUCAGGUGGCCAAGGGCCCAGCCAUGUUUUCCUGUGGAAUAACAGGAGAAGACAUACCAAACACUCCACCCCCUCGCCCUCCCAAACCAAGCCAUUUCAUGGAACAGCGCCAGGAGGAGAGACCCCUGUGGGAUGGUCAUAGCAGCAGCAUCACUAGCAGCAGCAGGAGGACUCAGUGGGUUGGAGUUCCAAGAAGAAUCUCCUUGUCCAGUUUAGAUGCUGUCAGAAGCUGUAGAGCUGACAGAGAAGGCAGUUCCCUGCGAUCCCACCGGGACAAGAGGCUCAGUUUGAAUUUGCCCUGUCGGUUCACCUUGCCACCAUCCUCCCUACCAGGGAGCUCUGAAGACAGUUAUGUCCCCAUGCAUCCCAGCAUCUCCUCUGCUGGCUCUGGACCAGAAAGCAAUGCAGAUGGUUACAUUGCAAUGAGCAGCCCUGAGAGACUUUCCAGCCCCCUGGCAGAGCUUCCUACAGACUUGGAGCCGCCCCCAGUGAAUCGAGACCUGAAGCCCCGAAGGAGAUCACGCCCACCCCCUUUAGACCUGAUGAACCUCUCUACUAUCCGGGAGCAUUCAGCUUUGACCAGGACUUGGACUGUGCCUUACAACCGAACCAGCUUUCUCUCUCCAGAAAGAGAUGGGAUUAAUUCUGCAAGAUUAUUUGCCAAUUCAGUUUCCGGAGAAGAGGAAGAAAGUUACAUUCAAAUGGAACACAGACAAGGACACUCCCCUUGUGAGGGCACUUUUUCUUGGCCAAAGAAAUUCAGCCUUGAUUAUUUAGCCUUGGAUUUUAAUCCAGCUUCUCCAUCUCCAGUGCUCAAGAAACCUUUGAUUUCAGAAGAGCAUCGAGUUGACUACGUCCAAGUAGAUGAGCAGAAAACUCAAGCCCUGCAGAACACUAAGCAGGAAUGGACUGAUGAGAGGCAGGCCAAAGUGUGAAGAAAGCUGGCCUGGGGCAUGCUUGGAGGUGUGCCUUUGUUGCGUGCCCCACGGAGGCUGCAAUGCCAGAGGACCUAGGGAUGAGGUAGAAAUGGUCUACUGGAUGAGAACUGGCCCUUCAGUCAGAGAGGGGUAAUGGGACAUAUUGGCUGGGGUCAGGAAAGGCUGUGUUUGAAUCCUGCCUCAGACACUUCCUACCUGUGUGACUUGGGCAAGACACUCUCAUCCCCUCCAUACUUCAGUAAAAUGAAGAGGUUGGACUUCAUGACUUUGAGGAUCCCUUCCUCCAACUCAGUCUAGGAUCCUGUGAUACUUAUAACAAGAUUCUAGAGUUGGUUGUCCAUUUAAUAUUAACUGUCAUCAUGGAUUGUUGUCAAUAGCACAGAGUUAAUGCCCUGCCCAGCCUUCAGAAGAUAACAGCAGGGAGGAGAGGGCCAAGGAGUCCAGGAGCCUGGAUCUUGAGUCCCAUGGGCAUUCUGAUUAUUCUUAGUGCUCCUUGGACUAUCUAGUGAAGGCACCCCUCUCAUGAGAUAGGAUCAUGGUCAGAGCCCAGGGAUGAACCAGGCAGGGUUGAGCUGGGAGAGAGAAGAAGCAACCUAUUGCAGCCUACAGAGAAUUCUGCUGGUAGCCCAUCUGCUUUAGGCUCUGGAGCUACCCUAUGGGCUUCCUAGAUAUAAGCCAUGAGGAGUCACUGAGAUUUUGCUGCAAUGCCUCUCUCUGGCAGUACCCGCUGGCCUACCACCCCAGGUGCACUAGAUCCACUUGGGCUGGCUGCAGAUAUUGCCAUUGUGAUACAAGUGUUGAGGCCUGAGCAUCUAAAAGGGCUAAGGCCAAAAGAAUGGAAGCAUCAGAGCAGGGAGAGGUGGAGGACCUACAGGCAAGCCCAGCUCUGUAGGUGAAAUUGGGCAAAGGUGCUUUUCUCUUCCUGGGCCCCAUUUCCUCAUCUGUAAAGUGAGGGGUCAAACUAGAUUGUCUAGAAGGUCUGUACCAGCUUUUAAAUCCAUGGGCAUAUGUGAGUGUGAAUGUGUGUGUGUGUGUGUGUGAGAGAGAGAGAGAGAGAGAGAAAGAGAGAGAGGGA